UUGGGACGUAGGACCGCUGUCAUUUCCUCUUUGCCGGUUGCUUCGCUUCGUGAUGUUGUAGGAUGCUGAUCUCUUGCUUUAGAGUGCUUUAAUUUGUCCGUCUCCUUGCAUUGGAGCAACAUAUAUUCUUUACAGCGAAUUCUACCUUCUCACCUUUGCGCACUCAUACGUCUGCCGUCCCUCCAAACAUGCCGAACAUCGUACUUUUUAGCGGGAGCUCUCACCACGAUCUGUCGCAGAAAGUGGCUGAUCGUCUCGGACUGGACUUGGGAAAAGUGAUCACAAAGAAGUUCAGUAAUCAGGAGACUUGUGUGGAAAUAGGCGAGAGUGUGCGCGGCGAGGAUGUAUACAUCGUGCAGAGCGGCUGCGGCGAAAUUAAUGACAACCUGAUGGAGCUGCUCAUCAUGAUCAACGCCUGUAAGAUCGCCUCGGCGUCCCGUGUCACCGCCGUCAUCCCCUGCUUCCCCUACGCAAGGCAGGACAAGAAGGACAAGAGUCGAGCACCCAUUUCUGCAAAGCUGGUUGCAAACAUGCUGUCAGUGGCUGGAGCAGACCACAUAAUCACUAUGGAUCUCCAUGCUUCACAGAUACAGGGUUUUUUCGACAUUGCUGUAGACAACCUGUAUGCGGAACCGGCAGUCCUUCAGUGGAUCCGAGAGAACAUUCCGGAGUGGAAAAACUGCAUUAUCGUGUCGCCGGACGCAGGUGGUGCAAAAAGGGUGACGUCCAUCGCUGACCGCCUCAACGUCGAGUUCGCACUCAUCCACAAGGAGCGUAAGAAGGCCAACGAGGUGGACCGCAUGGUGCUGGUUGGUGAUGUGAAGGACCGCGUGGCCAUCCUUGUGGAUGACAUGGCCGACACGUGUGGCACCAUCUGCCACGCUGCCGAUAAGUUGAUCUCUGCGGGUGCUGUGAAGGUCUAUGCCAUCCUCACCCAUGGCAUCUUCUCUGGUCCUGCCAUCUCACGCAUCAAUGGUGCUCCCUUCGAGGCCGUGGUUGUCACCAAUACCAUACCACAAGAGGAAAAGAUAAAACAGUGUCCCAAAAUUCAGGUCAUCGACAUCUCAAUGAUCUUAGCAGAGGCCAUUCGGAGAACCCAUAACGGCGAAUCGGUCUCAUACCUUUUCAGCCAUGUGCCCAUGUAAAGACAUGGCAAGAAGAGUGCUUGGACUUCCUUCCUCAGCCAUCAGUCAUUUCAGUAGCCAAUGGGCAUCCUAGGUGUCAGUCAUUGAUGGUAGCAAGUGACUGGCUCUUGCACAUCACUUUCAUCAUUCAAUAGUCAAACCAAACUGUUUUUCUGGACAGUCUGUGUAUUUAUGUGGGGAAUUAUUAUUUUCGGUUAUUGUACACACCAGCCCCUGCCCCAUAGCCCCCUUUUUUGGUCUGUCACUGUCUUGGAUCUGGGUUCUGACCAAAGAUCUUGUUCCCAAUUUUGUACUUAUUUUUUAUUAUUGGGUCACCUUAAAAAAAACAUUUCAUUAUUGACCCCUUUACUCUCCCUGUAUUGAGUGCAUGUUUAGCAGUCACACAACAGACAUAUCUUUGUAAUCCGUCUCCUCAAAGUUGUCUCAGACUCUUCACGUUACUACAAUCAGAUGUCGUUUCCCAAAAACCUUAGCAGCACAACAGAUUAUUGUAAAACAGCAGAAGUAAUUUUGCUACAGUCAGUACCAGCUCAUCAUGAUCAGACCACCAGUGUUGUGGAAUAUCAGGAACCACUUAGUAAAGCAGAGUGUACUUGUACACUAGAUUUAAAUAAUGAUCAAACACAAUCACUUCUUGAUAUGAAUAAUGAAUCACCAAUAAAGGUGAUUCAUUUUACAAACCAAAGUGAUACUUUGACUUACAAUGUCUGUCUUCAAUAGGACAGUGGUUUUCUUUCUCACAAGCUAACAUUAAUGUACAACAAAAAAUAAGUAUACCAGGUUAGUUUGUUUUUGACACAUUAGGAAUUAGAGGUGAACCAUGUGACUGAGUCUACAAAAGUCUAUUUAGAAACAAAAGAUGGGAAGCUAUGGUACAUGUCAGUUGAUAUCUUAAUGCCAUUGAAAACUUAAGAAGUCAGCAAUGGAUGAGACCAGUCAUCCACUGCAGCUGUGGAAUUUAAAUGUGAAAGUCUUAACUGUUGCACCUUCAGAAAGAUGACUACAUGCAGUUGGAUUGUAUCAGAAUGGCUCAUAGACUGUUUCAGAUGUGACAUGGAAAGACCCCACUGGCCUUUAAAUGUUGAAAUUUGUAUCUGUUGUUGAUUUCCUGGACUGCAUGCAUUCCAUUUCAUUGCAUUCAGGUUUUGAGAAUUUGUAAUCUUGUAGCCUUACAUGUCUAACAAACAGCACAUAGACUGCUCAUUCCAGCAAUGGUUCCUUUUUCCAAUUGAGCAUAAAGUCAGCACUUUAUAUUGUUCCACACAAUGUUAGCAGCUGAACACCGUCACUGCUAAGCUACAAGCUAUUAUUUCCAACUGGUUGAAAGCAGCUCUUUGUGUAGUGGAACAGCAGUAGGUGGUGGCCUCCCAUGCUGAUCCAGGAGUAGCUUCCAGAGCUUUGCCAAACCAUAGCCAAUCCCUGUAGAAAAAGGGUGUUCAGUCCUUCAAAAUCUAUCCAUUCUCCACAACCCACUAGAACCAUUAUAAGAGAUUUUUAAAACUGGUCAACACUAAAGGACAACCUCUGCCAGCAAGAAUGAAGUGAAUGGACAUUGUGGUGCAGGGAUCGCUUCUAUCCAGUGGAAAGGUGGCUUAGCAGAACAUCAGCCUUUCCUGGUUUCAUUUCUGGCAGUAGUUGAAGACUCCUUUUUGCAUAUGUGUGAGUGGAGGACAGCUUCAGGCAGUGGAACUCCCCACAUUGUCCGUGGUUUGAGUUGCCCACAUAUUACUUGUUUGUGUUAAUGCAUCAUGUCUCAUUUAAAAUAAAGAUUGCUUUCACAAUGA